AUGGCAAGCCACGGAAUAACGCGCGCGGCGGGUACGGCAGUGCGCACCGAAGAAGCCCGGCAACAACAGCUUCGCGACGUGGAUGCAUACAAAGAGCUCGUGGACCUCGUCAGUACGAAGGUCACCGAGAGACAAUACACACUCGAAGUUAUUGGGUUGCUUACGAAGCUUCUGAAGCAGAACCCGGAAUACUAUACGGUUUGGAAUCAUCGUCGACGGGUUCUAAACGCCCUGUUCCCUAGCGACCCCGCGGACGAGUCGUCUAAGCAUGGCGUCAACGACCUACUGCAGAACGACCUACAGCUCACAUUCGCACUGUUGCGCCAAUACCCAAAAUGCUAUUGGAUAUGGAACCACAGGAACUGGUUGCUAGAGACAGCUGAAUCGCAGCAAGGAGCUGAAGUGGGCCGUCAAUUAUGGUCUGGGGAGCUACUGCUAGUAAACAAGAUGUUGGGCGCCGACAGUCGCAACUUCCAUGCAUGGGGCUAUCGAAGAUUCGUAACAGCUCAGAUUGAGCGCUUGACAACUUUCACAGAGGGAGAAGCGCCGCGUUCUCUGAUCGAAGCAGAGUUCGAAUACACCAGCAGUAUGAUUAGGUCCAACCUCUCAAACUUUUCGGCGUGGCACCACCGCAGUAAAAUCAUACCCCGCCUGCUGAACGAGCGAGAUGCCAAUACCGACGCUCGGCGAGCUCUUCUGGAUUCCGAGCUAGCACUGAUAUGUGAAGCUAUCAACACUGAUCCCUUUGACCAAUCCAUCUGGUUUUACCACCAAUAUCUCAUGUCCACUUUGUCUCCAAACUGUCCUUCCAAAGAUCGAAUCGUCUUAAACCUCAACAAUGGCGAUCGCCAGCGCUAUUACGAGAACGAGAUGCAGUACAUCCGCGAGAUCCUGGGGGAUGAAGAGGACUGCAAGUGGAUUUACGAGGGUCUGCUAUUUCUGGCGGGCGCGUACUUGGAAGUCGACGGCGGCACGAAGGUAUUCACGACGGCAGAUAUGCGGUCGUGGUUGGAACAGCUGAAGAGGCUCGAUCCGUUGAGGAAGGGGCGAUGGGACGACCUAGGUCAAUGUUUGAAUCUAUGA